AUGUCAGAGGCCAGGCAGGAGCCAGCGGCGCCCCGAGCCGUCCGGGUGUGCCGCAUCUGCGUGGAUUUCCUGCACAGCCCCGCUGCUGCCGUGGAGCCCUGCGGACACGUGUUCUGCCACGCCUGCAUCCAGCCCCAGGCUGCCCCCGAUGCUGCCGCCACCUGCCCGACCUGCCAAGGGCCCAUCGGGAGCAUCCGCGUGCUGGCACGACAGGACCCGACCCCCUUCAGCAGCCAGCUCAGCCCCCCGCAGCAGGAGGAGGCCCGCGCCUCUGCCCCCAGCAGCCGCCCGGCCCGGCAGGGGAUGGAGCCCGGCAGGUCGGUGCCGGCGGAGCUGAAGCUCCGCAAGCCCUCGCAGCGGGCCAGGAUCCCGGCGCCCUUCCUCGCGCACUCGGACGGGGCGCCUGGGCCGGCGGGGCCCCCCAGGCCGGACCCCGCGGAGGUAGACGCGGAAUCCCUGGUGCCCACGCACGAUGAGCGGGGCCGGCUCAUCCCCGAGUGGAAGCGGCAGGUGAUGGUGCGGCGGCUGCGGGCCCGACUGGCGGACGAGGACCCGGCGGGAGGGCAGGUACGAGGGGCACGGGGAGCAGAGGGGGCGCGGGAUGCAGGCUCCUGGAGCUUCUCGCCCUCCCACCAAGCCGUGCUGGGCCCGUUCGGGGAGCUGCUGACCGAGGCAGACCUGCAUCAGUUGGAGAGGGCAGUGGAGAGCCUGCGGCUGCGGCGGCGUGGCGAGGUGUACCAGAGCGAGCUGCGGCGCCUGGUGCGGGAGCUACGCUCCCUCUUGCCCGCGCCGCUGCUCAGCAUCUCCGUCCGCAGCCCCCCGCCUGCUCCGGGGCAGCCCCUGCCCCUCUGGUGCGGCCGCCUGGCCGGCGCCGUCAACAGCCUGGCCGCGCUGCUGGGCAACAUGGAGGGGCUGCCGGCUCCCCGCGCUGCCGUCGCCGCGCCCGCCGCACCCUCCGCUCUCCCCGCGGCCGGCGGGCAGCCCCGGGAGCCAGGGGGCAGCCUGGCACAGCGGGAGAUCCGGCAGUGCGGAGUUUGUGUCCGCAGCCUGCGCGGCGCCUUCGAGCCCGCCUGGGGGGCCGCGGGGAGCGCUCCCGCCAGGGGCGGCGAGGCGGAGGCCGCCAGCGACUCGGGCAUCAGCUGCGAGGAGGCGUUUUCCGACGGCGGCUCCCCGCGGCAGGGGAAGCGGCCGGGGCCGGAGUGGGGCAGCUUGAGGAAGGAACGGAUCGUGAUGCUCUUCCUGAGCCACUGGAGACGCUCCGCGUACGCGCCUUUACGACCCACCGGGGCCGGGGACCCUCGGGAGACAGCGGGGAGCGGGGCCCGGGCUGCGGCGCGCCUGGCCCGGCAGAGAGCGGCCAUCCAGAAGCUGCUGAGCGGCUGGCGGGACGCCGCCUCCCGCCGCCCCCCGCCGCCGCCCCCCGCCCGCACCCUGCUCUCCCCGGAGCAGUUCGUGUCGGCGGCGGGGGGCGGCCCGGCCGAGUACGAGAGCCUGUCGCUGGAGCUGUUCAUGCUGGGCUAUUUCCGCAUCUUGGAGCAGGACCUGUCCCCCGAGGAGCGCCGAGGCCGCCACCUGCUCUGCUUCGAGGUGUUUGAGCAGCUGGGCCGGCACGGCUGGCGGGCGGUGCGGGCCUUCCACCGCGCCGUCAUCGACGAGAUCGCGGCCGGGCGGCGCGGCUGGCGCGACGGCUUCGACGACAUCAAGGCUCGGUACUUCGGGACUUCGUACAGCCCGGCCCAGCGGCCCGGGCAGCCCGGCGAGGAGGGGGACGAGAUUUGUCGCUACAUCGAUCGCAGCUUCGCCUUUUGGAAGGAGAAGGAGGCCGAGAUCUUCAGCCUGGAGGAGUGA